CUGGAAUUUCAGCUCCCCACCCCACCUCCUUGGAUUUCUUCCUCUCUCCCUCUCCCUGUGCAAGCCCUUUAAAUCAGAGAUUAUUGGGUCAGUGACUCUCUUUAUCCUUCUCAAGCCAGUGUACUAAAGCUACUGAAGGAAUAUUGUUACCUAUUUUGACAGAAGUGCUUGUUAUUUUUAAUGCUGGGAUUCAUUCACAAUCUGAUUUCCUGAAGGUACUCUGAAAGGCCACCUUGUCCAAAUUCAAUUAUGGACAUAUCCUUAAUACAACACAUCUAGUCUGGUGCACUUGAUUAUAUGGUGAAGCUUCUCUGGAAAGACUAAGAACACCUCCUUGGCCAGGGUUUUUCAUCAUGGCUAUGAAGGUUUUGGAGAACAGCUGGCCCCUUUUGCUCUUUGCACUUAAUCUGAGAGGCAUCUGCUCCUCCUUUGUCAAUGUCAACCAUGGGGUGAAAGUAAUGAAGGGUCAGUCUGUCUUCCUGUCGCAAGAAGACCUGCAAUUUUCCAUUCUCAGCAAGAAGGAUGCCUGCAAAAUAGAAGUUGUGAUGAAUGAACCAAUAACUCAGAGAGUUGGGAAGCUGACUCCGCAGGUAUUUGAUUGCCAUUUUCUUCCCAAUGAAGUCAAGUACACUCACAAUGGCUGCCCAAUUGUCAAUGAAGACUGGGUCAUGCUGAGGUUAUACAGAUUUACAGAAACAGAAACGUUCACAGAGACGUUCACCCUUCAUGUUCAAUUACUUGAACCAGACUGUAAUAUUAUUAAAACAAUUCCCAAGGCCCUGGAGGUUUCUGAGUUUCAUGGCCUGUCUAAUGUCAUUGACAAGAACACAAUUUCUUUAAACUAUAACAGAAAGAUAAACUUGGAGUGCACUAUAAGCCUGAUAUCCUCAGAGACCUUUCUACCAGCCCAUGGUCAGUUGGUUACUGGAAAAGCUAAAGAAGAAGGGCCUCGUGGGGACCAUCCUCAAAACUUCUUCUCCACAUCCAAACAUAGGUGUCUGAAUGGGAACUGCACUUCAGGUCUGAAGACCGUUCAGAACAUCAGAGUGACAUGUGAGGAUUUUCUCUUAAUGGGCCUUAGAUAUCAGCACCUGGACCCUCCUUCGCCCAACAUUGAUUACAUUCCUAUCAGGCUGGAUCUCACUGACAUCCGAAGCAAGACUGUGUAUAAGUCCGAACGUGCUUGGCUUCCAGUUCAGAUCAAAGGAGCAAUUUCUAACCAGGCUCCCCAAGCUGCCUUCAUGGCUAUGUUCAUCCUGGAAACAGACCAGUUCAUUCUGAGCCCUUUGUCUACAGCCAUAUUGGAUGCUGAAGACAGUGAAACGCCCAAAUCUCUUCUGGUGUUCAACAUUACCAAGCCACCCCAAGAGGGCUUCAUCACUCAUCUGCAAGACCACACAAAGCCUAUCUCAUCCUUCACAUGGAACAGCCUGAAUGAUAUGCUUAUUGCAUAUCAACCACCAAAUAGCAGCCACUCAGAGAGGAAAAAUUAUGAGGUGGAGUUUGAAGUUCACGAUAUCCUGUUUGAAAAGAGUUCACCAAUUACUGUUUAUAUCUCUGUUAGAACAACACAUACAAAUGCUCCCCGUGUUUCAUGGAAUACAGGUCUUAAUCUUUUGGAAGGGCAGUCCCGACCAAUCACUUGGGAACAGUUUCAGAUUGUGGACAAUGAUGAUAUAAAUGGUGUUCGCUUAGUUGUCAUUGAUGGUUUACUGCAUGGACAGCUCACACUAAGAGGAGGAAAAGGAUUCAUGUUCACGGUGUCAGACCUUAAGGCUGGAGUUGUUCGUUACCACCAUGAUGACAGCGAUUCCACAAAGGACUGUAUUGUCUUUAGAAUCUUUGAUAGCCGACACAGCAGUCGCCAUAGGUUCCCAAUCAACAUUUUACCUAAAGAUGAUAGUCCCCCAUUUCUAAUCAGCAACACUGAAAUAGAAGUGUAUGAAGGUCAAACAAUCCUGAUCCAAAGUUCAAUGCUUCUAGCUACUGACAUAGAUUCUAGUGAUGACUACAUACUCUUUAACAUCACAAAAACAGCACAGGCAGGAGAAAUAAUGAAGAAACCUGGAUCAGACCUUAUUGAUUAUCCAGUGACUAAAUUUCUUCAAAAGGAUCUGUUCAAUGGGAUGAUUUAUUACCAUCAUUUAGGAGGAGAAAUAUUUGAAGAUUCAAUUGAAUUGGUUUUGUGUGAUAGCCAUGAUCCUCCUAAUUUUUCAGACAUUCAGGUAGUAAUAGUGCACAUAAUCCCUGUGAAUGAUCAACUUCCUAAAGAAGCUUCAGGAGUGAGCCGCCAUCUUUCUGUCAAGGAAACGGAGAUUACUCAUCUAACAAAGAAAUAUCUUAACUAUAUUGACAUGGAAGCUCAAGAAAGGGAACUUGUUUACACCAUAACGUCUCCCCCAUUCAUUCUGUCCAUGCAUCACCAUGCUGAUGCCGGGAAGUUAUUUCUGAUAGACAGCAUCCCUAAACUGAACAAGGAUCCUGCGGCACCAGCACUAAGAUCAUUCACUCAGCAUGCUGUAAACCACAUGAAAGUUGGCUAUAUGCCCCCUUUGCAUGAUAUUGGUUCUGAGCCUCUGUAUAUCCGGUUCAUAUUUUCCGUGAGCAAUCAACAUGGCAGAACUUUGUCUGGCAUCACUUUUAACAUUACCAUUCUCCCAGUGAACAAUCAAGUUCCAGAGGUGUUCACAAGCAACCUGAAUGUAGAGGAAGGUGGUAUAUGUAUCAUUACAGAGGGCCACAUUUUGGUUUCAGAUGAGGACACAAAACUGGAAAACAUUCACAUCCUGCUGUUAAGACCACCACUCCAUGGAACAGUUGAGCUGGAUGGGAUCCCUAUGACUCAAGGGGACAAACUGACGUGGGAAGAUUUGCACAUGUCCAGAGUCAGAUAUCACCACAAUGGCUCUGAGAUUCCACAGGAUGAUAUUGUGCUUGCAGCUACAGAUGGUGUCAAUUCCUUUGAGUUUGUCCUUCAUAUAAAGGUUAUACCUGUAAAUGAUGAACCUCCUGUCAUGAAUGCAGACCUCAUUCCUUUCAUGCAAUGUUCAGAGGGCGGGGCAGUGUUCUUCACCUCAGAAUACCUUCAUGCCACUGAUAUAGACAGCGAUGACAUGCAACUUAUGUUCAUGCUUGCGCGGCAUCCUAAGCAUGGAGUUGUGAAGAAAAAUGGACUUGUAGUGGAUCGUUUUCACCAAGCAGAUGUUAUUUCUGGAGCAGUGGCAUAUGAACAUACUAAUGGAGAGAUUGGCUUAACUCCUUUGUUUGAUAUCGUUACCUUCGUUGUCUCUGAUGGUGCAACUGGCCAAGAUGUAAAUGUCUGUUGUUAUGAUGGACCUCCUGUGCUGUUGCAUAAAUCCUUUCCAGUAUAUGACAUUAACAUCACAAUAUUUCCAGUGGAUAACCAGCCACCAGCCAUUGCUACUGGUGCCAUGUUCAUUGUGGAUGAGGGCUCGUCAGCUGCCAUUACAGUUAACCAUUUGUAUGCCACUGAUCCUGAUACCAAUGCAGAUGACUUACAGUUUGUUUUAGCUUCUUCUCCUCAAUUUGGGUAUAUCGAAAAUAUAUUACCUUCCCCAGGCUUUGAGAAAAGCAACAUGGGCAUAGGUAUAGCUUCAUUUCAGCUGAAAAAUAUGAAGGCACUGUACAUAAACUAUGUCCAAACCAGGCAUAGAAGAAUAGAACCAACCAAAGACCAAUUUAUGCUUUAUGCCACUGAUGGGAAACAUCGCUCAAUGGAGAUACCAUUUUAUAUCUUAAUUAACCCUACAAAUGAUGAAGUCCCAGAAUUGAUAGCAAGGAAUAUUACGGUGCACGAAGGCCAGAUGAAAGAACUAGAUCCAUCUAUAAUUAAUACAGUCGAUCUGGAUAUACCUCCAGACACCCUGAUGUUUACUGUUCUCCAGCAACCGCAACAUGGGUUCCUUGUUAAUGGAUUGUAUGGUACUGACAUCACCCUUUAUAAACAGGCAAUCAACAGUCACCAGCAUCAUGAACUUCUUGUGCAUGGUUUUUCCAUGGAGCUUCUGAAAAAUGGAAUGAGGCUGAUGUAUCUGCAUGAUGACUCUGACAGCCUAGCUGAUGGCUUUGCAAUACAGUUAUCAGAUGGGAAACAUAAAAUGUCAAAAACCAUUUUGGUAGAGGUCAUUCCAGUUAAUGAUGAGAAACCAAUGCUGAGCAAGAAGGGUGAAAUAGAGGUGAAUAUGGGAGAAGCCCAAAUUAUUUCUAGCGCUGUUCUGUCAACUGAAGAUAAAGACACUCCCAGGGAACAAAUUUACUAUUUAUUUGAAAGAUUCCCAGAAAAAGGACAUCUUCAACUCAAGGUGGGUCAUGACUGGGUGACUCUCCAAAAUGGAAUGAAGUGUACCCAAGAGGACAUAGACAUGAACUCUGUGAGAUAUGUGCACACAGGAACAAUUGGCUCAAAAGAGCACGACAGUUUUAUGUUUCAUUUGUGGGAUGGAAACAACAGAUCCCCAGCCAUUGUUUUCUCUAUUACUAUUAAAGGCAUGGAAAAAGGAAACAUUGCACUUUUUAUAAGACCCCUGACUGUAUUGAAAGGUGACAGAGGCCACUUGAUGACUGAUGUCCUUCAUGCAGUUGAUGGUACUGAGAAACCAGAGGAGCUCCUCUAUGUGAUAACAUCUCCACCACAAUAUGGACAGAUCGAGUAUGUCCACUAUCCUGGAGUUCCCAUUACAAGUUUCAGCCAAAUGGAUGUGGCAAACCAUGUGGUCUGCUAUGUCCAUAAUAGCAAGGCAGCUGCUCCAAGAGAUAUGUUCAGAUUUGUCAUCAGCAACGGGAAAAGCAUUAAACAUGGAAAGUUUGACAUCCUUCUGGAAACAGUAGACCGGGCGCUUCCUACAGUGGUCAAGAAUGAAGGGUUACGAUUGCUUGAAGGUGCUAUGGCGUUCCUUUCUCCAGAUGUUCUACAGCUUUCAGACCCAGAUACGGCUCCACAAAACCUUUCCUUUCUCCUAGCACAGCUCCCACAAUAUGGACAACUGUACAGCAGAGAGUCUGGGCUGGGGCAGCAAAGCUUCAGCCAGCAAGAUGUGGACAAUCUGAAUGUUGCUUAUAGACAUGGAGGAGGGGAUUCUCGGAUCGACAGAUUUACAUUUGUGGCAACAGAUGGAGUGAAUGAAGGCUUCAUUGUAAAUGGCAAGGUGCAAGUAGAGCCUUUGGCAUUCAUCAUUCAGGUGGAUGGAGCAGUAAAAACAUCACCAGAAAUUGUCCACCUUCAUUGUGCUUCAGAUGUAGAGCUUCUGAAGAAUGGCAACUAUGGCAUUUAUAUUACAAGCAGGUCACUAAAGGUAUCAAAUCAUGGUGUUGAUGACGACCAGAUUAUUUUUAGAAUUUUACGGGGACCUCAAUAUGGCUACCUGCAAAAUAUAACAACAGGUGGAUUUAUUCAGGAAGAAUUCAGUCAAAAGGAUUUAAGAAGCAAAACCAUACUUUAUAUUAUUGAUCCGUACUGGGAGGGAACCUCUGACAACCUGGAGAUUCAAGUUACUAAUCCUGAUGGAAUAUCUGUGGCACCGCAAAUUCUGGAGCUGAAGUGGUCUAAAAUUGAACUGCAACAAGAUUGUUAUGAAGUAUGUGAAAAUGUGGGGACUCUGCCUUUGAAAGUCACCCGAGUGGGACACAUCACAGAUUCUGCCUUUGUUGCAGUGAAGGUCACUGAAGUGACAGCUUCAUCAGGAAAGGAUUUUACAAUAGCACCUUCCAAACUUAUUCAGUUUGAUCCAGGAAUGUCAACCAAGAUGUGGAAUAUAGCAAUUACCUAUGAUGGAUUAGAGGAAGACGAUGAGGUCUUUGAUGUGGUUCUGAUCUCCCCUGUGAAUGCUGUUCUUGGCACCAGGACAAAAGCUCAAGUGAAAAUUUUGGACUCAAAAGGAGGUCAGUGCAGUUCAUUCCAUUCCUCCAGCCAAAACACACAUAACUUAUGGAUAAAAGGCACAUUGCUUCCAGCCUCCUCAGGCUCCUCUUCAUCUUCCAGGCAUGGCACUGUUCACUUGGAAGGAAUCCCACUGUCCUCAUCCAAGGAUAUGAUAUUGCAGCGAAGGGACAAGCUACCAGAAUUCAGAUCAGUGAAUCUUUCAAGGAGCAGGCUAAGGGCCAUUAGAAAUGGCAAAACAGUUCACCCAUCUUCCAUAUUUACAAAUGGCACUGGUGUAUUUUUAAAAUACCAUGGAAUGGCAGUGCUGAGAAUGGAAGAUGACACUCCAUCACCUAACAAAAACCAGAUGGCAACUGGAUUGAAGAAAAAUGUGGUUUCCCCAAGAAAAACAGAAGUUCCACAAGCAGACUCUAGCAUUCAGAUCCCAAAACUUGUAUUUCCAAAGAGUUGUACACCAGAUUUAAAGGGUCUCUUGCAUUUUGAAGAAAAUAUCCAAAAGUUGUUUCAGUGUGAUGGUAUUUCUUGGACUUUUUGGAAUUCCACAAGCAAGAAUGAUAAUUUGAAAACUUGUCCUCCGGGGUGGAGCCAUCAUGAUGGGAGGUGCUAUAUCCUAAUCACUGAUCAGAAAGUCCAAUGGAAUGAAGCUGCCCAGAGUUGCAAAGUACGGUACCAUGGCACUUUAGCAAGCGUGGCUUCCAAAUUACACAUGCAGUGGCUAUGGAACUUCAGUGAAAGGAGACCCUUUUGGAUAGGUUUGAAUGAUCAAAGAAAUCCAGGCGAGUUAGAAUGGAAUGAUGGAGAAAGUGUCAAUUUCACCAACUGGAGAAAAGGCCCACUUCGUCUUUCAAAGAAAAGAAGGAACUGUGUUUUAGUUCAGCAGAAGGGGAAAUGGCAACGAAAGGAAUGUAGACAGGGUAAAAGAUACAACUAUAUAUGCUCCAGAAAACUGUAAAGAAAGCUGACAUUCAAACACAUACAUGGCCUUUCUUGUGUACAGUGAUUUAAAAACAUAUUUAUUUGAGAGUGCCAGAAGAGCUCAAAAUGAAGGGACAGGUGACAGAUUUGCAGUAGGUUUAUAAAAAUCUGUUAGACUUUAAAGAUGCAACAAGAUACCUUUUUUAUUUCAUAAAAGAUGGAAGAAAUGAAAUUGUGUGCUACACCUUCAUGUCUCUUUUAUCAGUGUUUUCAGUGUAUAGAGUAUAAACUCCUUGAUAGGAACUACUGGGUGGGCAUGUACGUGAUGAUUUCCUGAACAGGUCACCUUACUCCCACAAUGUGACAGUGGUUUGAGUCUUAAAUUUUGAAAGAGUUACAGCAGGAUAUCCUGCUAUAUGUACACACAGAUACACAGUGCUGGUCUCAGACAUUUUUAAACUUGAAGUGAUAUAUACCUUCCAUGCAGCUUUGCAAUGGCUCAGAAUGCUAGAGGAUGAACAUGGUGGCUUCUUUUGAAAGUUCCACUGAAAGUGACUUUAUGUGCUUGUAACCUUGUGACAAAGUUAGCCCUGUGAUAUACUUUAGUGGAUUUUAGAUGUUAAAUUCUGAUAAUAAUUGAAGGUUAAAUGUAUUAAUGUUCUCUUUCCCCACAAAACCUAAAAUGUGGGUGGGGCUCAGAUGGUAAUGCCUUUCCACCAACUGUCAGCAUUAAAGAAUCCAGUCAGAAUUAUUCAAAAGUACUAUUAUGUCUGUUAAUAAACCCAGAGUCUUGUUUGCAAAAUACAUUUAUGCCUCAGGGAUUCUUCAUGGGUACAACUUUUUUCUUUUACAACUAGUACAACUUUUUUCUUUUUUCCCCCCAGUGUCUUGGGGAAAUUUGAUUUUUUUAAGCUUACAUGAUGCCUUUUUUUCCUUCUCACUACACCAAUGACAACAACAUGGACUGGAACAAAGAAUAGGUGGAAUUUUGUCAAUUGGAAUUACAAUCUCUGUGUGGGUUGGAAUUGAAUUACAAGACCCCAUGACAAACUUCUGGAUACUGGACAGAAACUUGCCCUAAAAAGAUGAAAAAUUGUACAGCCAUGUGAGGAUGACCCAGCUGACACAGGGUUAGCUUUCCUGUAAUCAUAUGUGUCAUUCUUCAAAAUGGUCAGGCAAUGUAACUCUCUAAGUAUUAUAAAAUAAUUAGUGAAGUUGUAAUUUGUGUGGGCUCAGUGUAAACUUGGGGAAAGCAUGAUUAUCCUGAUAGGAUAGGACAGGAUAGGAAUUCCUGAUGAACUGGAGAAAAGGGAGGGCAAUGUGGUGAAAAUAAAUUGGAAAAAACACUAUAAAUAUCUUAACAGGUCAACAAGAUUGUAAUAGUCACUAAUCUGUAACUCCAAAAGACUGCCACUGACCUAUUAAGCAUAGCGCGCUUACACCUUGAGGAUCUUCAGGGGCUUUUCAGUGUGCAGUGGUGUUGCAGAGGGGUCUCCUUGUGUUUUUCUGUUUACGCAAAAGAAGUCAUUCUCUGUCUGCCCCAAAACUAGCUUGCUGGUCUCAAUGAGCCUCUGCAGCUUUUCCUGGUUCUCUUAAUUCCGCCCAUCAAUUCCUCUUAAAGGCACAUAUCCCAUCAACCUGUAGUUGCAAACAAAGGGGUUUGUUGAAGUCCUUUAAACUGCAUUUAUAUCGAUGUACCUGUGAUAGCAGUUAUAUCAAUGUGGCACCUUUCCCAACAUAAACCCCUCCCUUGCAAAAAAAAAAGGCAAAACCGUUCCCUGGACCACACACUGCUGAAGAAGAGGACCAUGUGCUGGAUCCACUCUCUCUCUCUCUUUCUUCCUGCCACUGUUGCAGCCAGGGAAAUUGUUUUAAAAUACAGUCUUGUUUGAAAUAAAGUUAUAAAAAGCCCUCUCGAUCAUUGGAAAGAGUGCUCUCCCAGUCAUCGGAGGGGCAGAGGCAGAGCAGGGGAGGUGGAGUGGAACCAGAUAGAGACCCUGCUUGUGUUGUUCCUAUUGAUGUGUCAGUCCAAGCAUUUAGAGAGGCAGGAAGGAGUCAGCAACAGGGAAGAGGCAAGGGAGAAACGUACAAAGCAGCAUAAGGAAGAGUGAGACUAGGUGGGUUGGCUGUGGGCGAAGGGAAAAGUCUGGGGGAAAGCUGUGUUCACUGUCAACUCUGUCUCCUCUGGCUAUGAAGCAAAAUUAAAAUCAUGGUCUCACUUGCUGUGGGGAGAAUAAAAAGCGGAAGUGGGGCUUGAGGAAAAAUAAGUCCAUACAAGAAAGCUUGCUGUGAAGCACAUUGUGCAUAAUCGGCCACUAGUCCACUAGAAACAAAACGUGAUUUCUCAGAAGAAAAUCCAUCUCUGUUAUUGGCAUCAAAGAUGAUGAGGAUUAUACAAACAAAUUAGUCUCCUAUAUUAUAUAAAUGUUUUCUUUUUAGGCACAUUUGAAGUGAGUGGUUUUUUAAAAUUAUACAUACAUUCUUUAGAGAAUUCUGGAAAUAAUAGCGUGUUUAUCAUAACAAGGUUUUGCUUUAUUUAAAAUUUAAAAAACUGGUGCUAAUCAACAUUUGUAUUCCAAAUACCAUUCUAUAUGUAUGUAGCUACUGUAAUGCCUGAAUAUGUACUGUUAAUAAAAAAAUUACAAAUGAUUAAAAACAAAUUUUUAAAUGUU